UUUUUUUUGUUUUGUUUUGUAACUACCAAUAAAAUAAUAUAUUUUUUUUUUUUCAAAAGUGGCAUCGUCAAAAUUAGGAACCAGUUUAUUAUUGUCCAAGAUGAAAAGUGCACUUACUUUUGAGACUAUAGCAAAAUGCUCAACUACUAAAGCCAAAGUUUCUGUUAUGACUUUACCUCAUGGUCCUGUAGAUACACCUGUCUUUAUGCCAGUAGGUACUCAAGGCACAAUGAAAGGUAUAUUACCAGAUCAGUUGGAAGAAUUAAAUUGUCAAAUUAUGUUAAACAAUACAUAUCAUCUUGGAUUGAAGCCCGGUAAAGAAACUUUAGAUCUUGUUGGUGGUGCGCAUCAGUUCCAAAGUUGGAGACGUAAUCUCUUAACAGACAGUGGAGGAUUUCAAAUGGUAUCACUUUUAAAACUAGCCGAGAUUACAGAAGAAGGUGUUCAGUUUGCUUCACCUCAUGAUGGUUCACUUAUGAUGUUAACGCCUGAACAUUCUAUUGAAUUACAAAAUACGAUUGGGGCUGAUAUUAUGAUGCAACUGGAUGAUGUUGUUUCUUCUUUAACAACAGGACCACGUGUAGAAGAGGCAAUGUGGAGAUCCAUUCGUUGGUUAGACAGAUGUAUUAAAGCACAUAGUAAACCAGAAACUCAGAAUUUAUUUGCUAUUAUUCAAGGUGGCCUUAAUCCUGAUCUCCGAAAGAAAUGUAUAGAAGAAAUGGUUAAAAGAGAUACUCCCGGUUAUGCUGUUGGUGGUUUAAGUGGUGGUGAAGAAAAAGAUCAAUUCUGGAGAAUUGUUACAUUAUGUACAGACUUAUUGCCAAAGACUAAACCUAUUUAUUGUAUGGGUGUUGGUUAUGCUGAGGAUCUUGUUGUUUGUGUUGCAUUAGGCGUAGAUAUGUUCGAUUGUGUUUUCCCUACUAGAACAGCUAGAUUCGGCAAUGCUCUUACAAUGCAUGGCACAUUAUCUUUAAAGUCAGGUAAAUAUGCGGCUGAUUUUGGACCUAUUGAAGAAGACUGUGAUUGUUCUACUUGUAAGAAUUACACAAGAUCUUUUGUGCAUCUUAACAUAAUUACAAAGGAUACAGUCGGCUGUCAUCUUGUUUCUAUCCAUAAUAUUGCAUUCCAACUUCGAUUAAUGCGUAAUAUGAGAGAGGCUAUUAAAAAGGAUGAAUUCCCUGCAUGGAUCAAGUCAUUUUUCCAUAACUAUUUUGGUGGUGAUAAAACAAAAUAUCCACAAUGGGCUAUUAAUGCGUUACAAAGUGUUGGUGUAGAUUUAUUAUUGUAAAAUAGAUAAUAGACAUGCAUAAAAAUAAAUAAAUAAAUAAUUGCCAUCAUCAUUCAUUUUUAA